AUGAUCAGCCGCAUCGACAGCUCUUCCCUCGACCCACAGAUACCAUUCUGUUCCAAAUGCGUGGAGGAGUUGAAGAGGAAAAUGACAGCUGACUUUCACGAGGAGAGACGCGAGAUGACCAGGGUAGCCCGCGUCAGGGAUUGGACAGAUGAAGAGAUUAGCGCGAUGAGGAUUGAGUUGCGAGAUCAGCUGUAUGAGGAGCUCAAGUCUGUUAACAAGCCGCUUCCUCCUUUGCCUGGUGGAGAUGACAGCGCGAGUCGUAGGAGAACCAUGGGCAAGCAACCCAACCUGUAUUCGUUUGACGGCAUCGACAGCCUAGCUACAGCCCUGCGAAAGUAUGUCCUCCAGUGUCAAAGCGCCGGCUUCGAACGCCACAACGCCUUCAAGGUCGCCGUAUCGGGUGGCUCGCUGCCCAAAACUCUCACAAAAGCCCUGCUUGCCCAAGACGAUGAAGCGGGGAAAGUAGAUUUCUCCAAAUGGGAAGUCUUCUUCGCAGAUGAACGGGCCGUCCCCCUCGACCAUGAAGACAGCAAUUACAAAGUUCUGAAAGAUGAGUUGUUGGACAAGAUACCCGAGAGCAUGGGCAAGCCCAUCGUCCAUCCCAUCGACGUGCACUAUAUGGGUGACGUGCAAGAGAUGGCAGACCAAUACCAAGACGCUCUCAUGAAGUCCUUCGCAGCCAAAGACAGCGUCAAGAUCCCCAUCUUUGACCUCCUUCUCCUGGGCUGCGGACCGGACGGACAUACAUGCUCGCUCUUCCCCAAUCACGAACUCUUGCGCGAAUCAGAUGCCUGGGUAGCACCCAUCGAAGACAGCCCGAAGCCGCCAAAGAAGAGAAUCACGCUGACGCUACCAGUCGUGACGGGAGGGAUCAAGAUAGCUUUCGUGGCAACGGGUGAAGGCAAGAGGGAGAUCUUGAGUAAGAUUCUGGAUACAGAGGAAGGAAGGAGCCUGCCAUGCGGAUUGGUCAAUGAAGGCGGAGCGGAGAAGGUGUCAUGGUUCACAGAUCACGGAGCUGUCCAAGGGGUCAGUUUUCCCAGGAGAGGAAGCUUGUGA